AUGGGUCGCGUUCGCACCAAGACCGUCAAGAGGUCCGCUAAGGUCGUCAUCGAGCGCUACUACCCCAAGCUCACCCUUGACUUUGAGGUCAACAAGAAGAUCUGCGAUGAGGUGGCUAUCAUUGCUAGCAAGAGGCUGAGGAACAAGAUUGCCGGAUAUGCCACGCACUUGAUGAGACGUAUCCAGCGCGGUCCCGUCCGCGGUAUCUCCUUCAAGCUUCAGGAGGAAGAACGUGAGCGCAAGGAUCAAUACGUUCCCGACGUUUCCGCCCUCGACUUCAGCCAGAACAGUGAGACUGGUAAACUGGAUGUGGACCAGGACACCAAGGAUCUGCUUAAGAGCAUUGGCUUCGACUCGAUUCCCGUCAACGUCGUCCCCGUCGCUCAGCAGCAAGCUGAGCGCCCUCGUCGCUUCAACGACCGCCGCUAA